AUGGCCCCACGUAAGCGAUCACGAUUGGCAUCAGGCCUGGAAGACGGAGAAGAAAUUACCGAAGUUGUUGAGGCCCAGGCAUCGAUGGCAAAUGAUACGCAGCCGAGAAAAAAGGUGCGGUAUUCGGCUGGCCGUUCAGCGGAGGCUUCAGGGAGCAGAGCAGCAGAUGCAGAACAAGAUGAUGUCUCCUCGAGCUCGGGCUCCGACAGUGAAAACGGAAAUGGCGACGACGAUGACGGCGAACUCCCCGCGUCCCCUCCUCAGACUCAGUACGAACUUAUGAGAGACAAUGGCUUCCGACAUCUCGAGAACACGGACUGGGACGACCAGCAAGCUACGCAGAAACUGAAGCGCCGCACAACGACACAGACAUUUGACAACAUGGUUGCCGAGAGCGGAAUUAUUGAGAGCAUUACAUGUUUCAACUUCAUGUGUCACGAACGAUUGCAUGUGGAACUUGGGCCUCUGAUCAACUUCAUUGUUGGAGAGAACGGCAGUGGCAAGAGUGCUGUUUUGACGGCCCUGACUCUGUGCCUCGGUGGCAAGGCAAGCGACACCAACAGAGGUGGUAGUUUAAAGUCCUUUGUCAAAGAGGGGCGCGAACAUGGAAGCCUGGUUGUCAAGAUCAAGAACGCUGGGUCCGAUUCUUACCAGCCCGAUACAUACGGCUCAUCAAUCACCAUCGAGCGGCACUUUACCAAAUCGGGCGCCAGUGGUUUCAAGAUCAAGAACGAGCAAGGCAAAGUUGUCUCAGUCAAGAAGCAGGAAGUCGAGGAAAUAUCCGAAUGGUAUGCCCUGCAGAUUGGGAAUCCUCUUACGGUUCUCUCGCAGGAUAAUGCGAGACAAUUUCUGAACGCUGCAAGCCCGGCACAAAAGUAUAAGUAUUUCGUUUCUGGCGUUCAGCUCGAGCAGCUGGACAAUGACUAUAAAAUGUCUCAGGAUACCUUGGACAAGACUCUUAUUCUCCGCGACGAUCUUGACGAGAAGAUAGAUGUUGUCAAGAAGGAGAUGGACGAUGCGCAAAGACUUGCAGAGAUAGCCCAGAAGAACCAGGGUCUCCGUGAGAAAGCAAGGCACUAUAGGAACCAGCUUGUCUGGUCCCAAGUGGUUGAGCGAGAGAGAGAGCUGGAACAACGGAAUGCCGAUAUAACCAGACGAGACAAAGAACUCAUUGAUUGGGAAAGGGACACCGUGAAGGCGUCAGCGAAACUCGACGAAGCUGACGAAAAGCUAGCUCGGGCUCAAGAAGCCCGAGAGGCUCUCAACAGUGAGGAAGAGACUUUCGAAGAGAAAAUGUCAGCGGCAGAGGUUGCAUGGAAUGACGCCAAGAGAAAACAGACAGAACUACAGCGUGAAGAGCGAGAUGCUCAUAUGCGACUCAAAACCCUGCGGUCAGAUAUACAAUCCUGUGAGAACAAGAUCAAAGAGGAAGAAAAUCGCUUGGACAGGUCAUCGGGCUCAGCGCGGGCCGAGAAAGAUCAAGAGCUCUCCGAAGCGCAAGCGAAAGAAAAAGAUGUCAACGAGCAGAUCGCUGAAGCCAAGGCCAAAAUGCCGGCUUUGAAAUCAAAGAUUGAUAAAGCCAAGGAAGCUUGUGAACAUGCGGAUCGUAUCGUGCAAGAUAAACGUAAGGAGGUAGUUAUGGCGCAAAAGGGCGUCAGAGAGCUGGAGCAAAGUAGUGGUUCAGCUUUUGACGGAUACGACCAAGAGCUCCUUAACCUCGCCAGGCAAGUUGAGAAGGAUAGCGGGUUUGAAAGCAAACCGCUGGGACCCCUAGGCACCCACAUUACCCUCCGAAAGCCAGAGUGGGCUGCUCUUCUCGAGAAAACUCUUGGAGAGACUUUGAAUGCAUUUGUUGUAAAGAGCAAAAGAGAUCAUUCAAGAUUAUCAAAUCUCAUCCAGCGACUGGGUCUGAAAAGGCAACCACCCAUCUACAUUGCCUAUGGGAGUUCAAUUGAUACUAGGGCUCAAGAGCCAGAUGCCGAAUUCGACACUAUUCUCAGAGUCUUGGAAUUUGACCAUGACCUCAUUCGGACACAGCUUGUUAUCAAUAACCAGAUUGAGAAGGUCAUCCUGAUCAAGGAGCGUUUAGAAGCAGAGCGAGUGAUGAUUGAUAACGACGGUCCCCCUCGAAACGUGACCGCGUGCCUUUGUUUCCAUGACGGCAAAGGAAAACGUGGCCAUGGUCUAAGAAUCACUAAUCGAUCGGGAAACAUCGGCACUUCUCCUGUCACGCCAUCUGGCUUGCGACCUCGCAUGCGCUCAGACUCAGCCCAGCGAUUGGUUGUGCAAAAGGAGAACCUCAGACAGCUGGGCUUAGAGGUUAAGGAACUCAUGACCGAGGAACGCCAAGCACGUCAACGGCUAGAAGACUAUAAGUCGGAGCUUACGUCGCACAGGACUGAAAUCAGCAAUCUAGAAAGCGAUUAUCGCCGAGUUCAAGCGGAUAUACAGCGGAUAUCACUCGACCUGGAUGCUUUCGAGGGUGUUGACGGACGGCUGGUUGCACUACGAGAAGAACGAGAAGCAAAGCGCAUUGAAGAGGAGCAACUCGGUCUGCAGUACGGCAAUCUGAGACUUGAAAAGCGAGACCUGAGCCAAAAAGCAGAAGAGGCCAAGGCACGUCUCGACGCGGAAAAGGAUGUGCGUAAGGAUCACCAAAGUCGCAUCGCGAAAGCGGACGAUAAGGUCAAGAAGUAUGAAGCAAUGCGGAAAAUCACAGUCGCUGAAAAGAAUGCCGCUUUUGAGAGGCUAGAUAUUGAGCGACACGAAAGAAGACGAGCAGAGACGAGGCGCGAUCAGAAGGUUGCAGAAGUGGCAGAUUUCAUUCUGCAAGCUCAGCAAGCAUCACCGGAUCGUGUUCACAUCCCUGAGGAUGAAACGUAUGAAAGCCUGGAGAUCAAAUACCAACGGGUUUGCGAGCAACUUGCACAGCGAGAGGCUCGGCAAGGAGCCACGGACCAGCAGAUUUAUGACCGAGCCAUUGAGGCCCGGACGAGAUACGAGGAUGUCAUGAAGAAGACGAGGGACGUUGACGAAACUAUUUCAAGUCUGAAGCAAGCAAUUGAGCACCGACUUCACCUAUGGCGACAGUUCCAGAGGCAAAUCAGCGCUCGGAUACGUAUCCAGUUCAGCUACCUUCUCAGCGAGCGUGGAUUCAGAGGCAAGAUCGAUCUCGAUCACAGGGCUAGGCGCGUCAACAUCCAGAUUGAACCCGACAAGACUCGCAAACACUCGUCGGGACGUAACACCAAGACGCUGUCGGGAGGUGAAAAGUCGUUUUCGUCGAUUUGUAUGCUUCUCUCUGUAUGGGAGGCCAUUGGUUCGCCGAUCCGAUGCUUGGAUGAGUUUGACGUCUUCAUGGACAAUGUCAAUCGAGCAAUCAGUACGAAUAUGCUGGUGGAUGCCGCUCGUCGAUCAGUAUCCCGACAGUAUAUUUUGAUUACGCCGAAUGCCAUUGAGGGUCGAGCCAAGCUUGACAAAGAUGUCAAAAUCAUUCGCUUGACUGAUCCUCGCCAACGUACCCUCAUCUAA